GUCUGCGCCGCCAGCGCCAUCAGCCUCCGUAGCGGGGACGGCGCAGUCGGGGCAUCCCUGGGCGGCUUAACCGGUGUCUGAGGCGGUGCAGAGGGCGUUGACCAGAGAAGAGGCGGCGGCGCAGGUGGCGGCGUCGCCAGACAAGCGGGGAGGGCGUCGGCGGCGCAAGCGGCCUAGGCUGCACAAGCGGCGUGGGGAUUCAAGUGGCGACGGCGGCCCAGACGGCGGCGGCGAAGCGGUGGCGGUGGUGGCGCUGAUGGUAGCGGCGGCGGCAGAGUCGGCGGCGGCAGCGGUAACAGCGGAGGCGGUGUUGGCUGCGGAAACGGCGGCAGCACAGACGACGGUGUGGUCGGUGCAAGCGGCAUUGGCGCAGAGUUGGACUGCACAAGCGACAACCGCUUGGGCGUCCACGGCUCCAGCAGCGGAAGCAGCGGCGUCCGCGGUGGUAGCAGCGGUGGAGCAGACAGCGGCGUCGGCGCAGACUGCGUGGGCUGCACAAGCGGUGUUGGCACAGAUGCCACAUCUGACUCAAGCGGCAGAUCCGGCACAGAUGGCAGCAACACAGAUGGCAGCAACGCAGAUGCCAGAGGGGGCUGCGGAAGAGUCGGCAGCGGCAGCUCCAGGGAGGCCCAGCAACUGAGGAAGGGCAGAGGGGCUGGAAAUUAAACCCAGAACUUGAGUCUUGGAUGCUGUAGGCAGUGCCUUGAAAGAACUUCUUGGAACGGUGUGGAGCUUCAGAGCAUGAGCACAUUGACCUGAGCAACAACUAGAUGAUUCCUAAUCCUUUUUGGGUGUCCAUUUGGUUAUUUACGUGGCCAAGAAAGUCUUAAAAGUCUGCUGAGGAAGUGCAGAUCCAUCAUGCGCAAAAUCAGUUUUGAGGAACUAGAUGGGUGUGCACGUGACCUGGUGUCUAAAGGCAGUUUAAGAAUGGGAACAGAACAUGUUGCGUAUCGAUGGAGGGGUUAUGCUGUCCAUCAUGUAAGUUGUCUUGUGCUCAUAUACCUAUAAGUUGGAAGUUGUACACAGAGUAUAUUCUGUUGAGGACUGUGGAUUAAUUCUGUUAAAUGGAAGUCUUGACCAUUCACUCCACGUAUUGAGCUUUAAUUUCAGUUCUAUGCAGUGAUUGACUGUCGUGUCCAAGAAGAAUUGUCAGUAAAGACACUGCAAGAAAACUGCAGUGUUAGUCAGAAAUCAGGAAUAGUGGAAAUCAUAAGGUAAACAAGGGAAUUUUUAAUUUUUCAACAGGAUUA